CAUGGAUAUGAUGGACUCAAUUAGAAUCACAGGAGAGGUUAAGAAAGCUAUUGAAGUAGCUAAAACCAGAUCGAUACAAAAAUAUGGCAAAAAGAUUAAUUGGGCCCAACUUAAAGAAAGUGUAUACUUGGUUACCAAAAAUCUAAAAGCUCCCUUAGAUGACUCUUUCAAUAGAGAGCUCCAUGAAAAUUUCAAAGAGCUCCCUACCAUACAGAGAUCCAAGAAACCAGCAGACAAAACCAGACACAAAGAACCUUACAAGAACUCUAAGGAUGAAAUCUCAGAACUAAGAAAGGAAUUGGCAAUCAUGACUGUCUUAUUUAAAGGAAUUACAGAGAAAAUGAGUGCUGAUGAGGAGACUAUGGACCAGGGAAACUCCUAA